GUUUUGGAAAAUAGAGACCUGCUUUAUAUCUCAGGUCUUUGAUGUGUUUAGAGGUUCCUGGAAGGAUCUGCCUCUCUUUUGUUUUGAUUUAUAAGACCUUUCCUAUAUAUUUGAGCAGUUGAGCAGCCCAGUAACCGAGGGUAGAGACAUUUACCCAGAGCAAACUUCUAUCACUCAUUGCGACUCUCUGGGACUUUGGGUGCCGGUGUGAGCUCUAAGAGAAGAGUUAGCUCCAGCAAGAUCAGAGGAAGAGCAUGAAGCUGGCAUACCUUCUCCUUGGCCCCAUGGCCCUCCUCCUCCUGGCUGGCUGCUGCUGUGUUCUUAGCACCACCAGCGGGAACCUGCGCACCUUUGUGGGCUGUGCUGUGAGGGAGUUCACCUUCCUGGCCAAGAAGCCAGGCUGCAGGGGCCUUCGGAUCACCACUGAUGCCUGCUGGGGCCGCUGUGAGACCUGGGAGAAGCCCAUUCUGGAGCCCCCCUACAUCGAAGCCCACCAUCGAGUUUGUACCUACAACGAGACCAAACAGGUGACCAUCAAGCUGCCCAACUGUGCCCCCGGAGUCGACCCUUUCUACACCUACCCCGUGGCUGUCCGCUGUGACUGCGGGGCUUGCUCCACGGCCACCACUGAGUGUGAGACCGUCUGAAGAACGCAGAUGACAGCCGUGAGCCUCACAGACCCACCGGCAUGGGCAGCACCAGCAGCUAUUACCCCUGGAUUCAAGGACUUUUUAAUUUGGAGGAGGUUAUCUGUCUCCCUUAGGUCCAGCUCAGGCACGAGACCCAGAGGCAGCAUACAUAAGCUAAUGAUGCAAAACAAUAUUUGUGCCGUCACUAAAAUAAUUGUCUAGUUCACAAACCCGCAAGUUAAUUUUUACCUUGAGGCUCAGAACAUAAUUUGAAUAACACUGUCACCCUCCAAUUUGGAUUUAUAAUAUGCCAAUGGUUUAAAUGCACUUGGGCAUAAUUAAUUAGGCAUGGGUCUGGAAAGUUUUUAAAUUCUCAUGUCCUCCUUAAUGACUGGUCUCCCACUAGAUUUAUGACCAAAGGGCCAGAAAUCAAUGAAAUCCAUGUUUAAUUCUCAUGCCCCCGCCCCAAAUCUCACUGGAAUCUUCCUUAGAGGAAGACUCCCUUCUCCUUUUAACGGAACAAUUAUCUACACGAGAGACAGAGACCUCUCAGACGUUUAAAAGGUAGGGAAAUAGUAGCUCAAAUUGAAAGGAGUCUGGAUUUGGGCGAUCCUUUUUCUCAGCGAAUUCCCUAAGUCCCCUUAAGAUCCUUAGCAAAGAGGUCCCUUUAAAAUAAAAAUCUCACAGAAAUUGUAAUUAUAGCUAUCAUUUACACUUAGAAACUUACAAAAUUAAACUCAUGUUUGUGGAUUCAUGUGAUGUUCUCCCAAAGCGAUGCCCAAAAUGAUGAAUCACAAGUGGCAUUUCCCAUUUAGCAUAUUUUAAAUUGUAGUUGUAAUUUUUUAAACUCAGAAAUUUUACAGUUUGUAAGGGGUAAAACUGCAUUGCUGGCUUAGGGGAAGGUCUGUGGUUGUAUAGCUUUUGCCCUCUCGGAAACCUUACAGCAGCUGAUUCUCUGUGACUUUAAAAAACAAACAAACUCGAAUGCUAUGCAAAUGUCUGUAAUUCUGACAUUUUGGGGGUUGAAAUGAACCUUGUUCCUUUUCCACAAUAUGCCAGGAGAAUCUUACUAAUGCCAA